AUGGAACUCAUCCCUAGUUCUCGAAGACCUCCGGAAUCUUCAAGCAGAGAAACCUCUUCUCGUCCACAACGAAAUAGUACUCUGGGACAUUCCGUUUCUCGCACUACAUCUUCUACUCCUCAUCCACAAGGUCUUCUACACCAUGCUCCACUGAGACCGAGCACCUCGGCCAGCCAACUUACAUUUACUUCGUAUAGCGGCAGCCGCUCAGCAACAAGUUUGUCGCACUCAAAUCCUUCGAGGCAGCGGCGUCAUACAAGUACUACUUCGGGGCGUAAAUCUCGUGCUGCCUCAUCUGUCUGGGGUUCCGAAUCGCACGAGAUCAUUUGCGCUGUCACUGAAGCUCGUGGCGUAUCCCCAACUGUUGGUCUUGCUUUCAUCAACAUCACUACAGAUGAAGCUAUUCUAAGCCAGAUAUGUGACUCUCAAUUCUAUGUCAAGACGGUUCAUAAGAUACAGAUGUAUGAGCCGUCUACAAUCCUAAUGGUCAAGACAGCGUUUCCUCCACACCCUAAAUCUAGCCUACUCUCAAUCAUAGAGGAAGAACUUCCGGACACAACAAUCGAACCUCUUGACCGCAGGUACUGGUCCGAAAAUGCCGGCCUCGAGUUCAUCCAGAAUCUGGCAUUCAGAGAAGACUUGGAAGCGAUCAAGGUAGCAAUUGAAGGCAACUUCUACGCCACAUGCUCAUUCGCUGCGGUUAUUAAGUAUGUAGAGCUCUCCUGUCGCGUAUCAAUCGCGUCCCACUCGUUACGGGUCAGCUAUCGACCAUCCGAGAAUACUAUGAUGAUUGAUAUUUCCACCAUUCACUCUCUCGAACUCAUACAGAACCUCCAAAAUGCGAAAUCCAAGGAUUGUCUCUUCGGCCUCUUGAAUGAGACUCUUACUCCUAUGGGUUCAAGGAUGCUACGAAGCAACAUACUUCAACCCUCUUGCCAAGUUGAUAACACCCUUGCUCCCCGUUACGAUGCUCUGGAUGAACUUACUGCAAAAGAAGACAUGUUCUUCGAAAUACGAAAGGCUCUCAAGGGGUUUGUAGAUAUGGAAAAACUUCUGACUUCGCUUGUUAUCGUGCCCGAGCAAUCAUCGAUCUACAUCUCAGAACAGGCCAUUAAUAACAUCCUAGGCGUUAAGACCUUCAUCACUGCUGUGCCUACUUUGUAUGAGGCACUGGGUGCUGCGCGUACAGACUUACUAACUAGAAUCCGUGGAAUAUGCCGCCCGGAGCUCACUCAACCCGUCGCAGAUCUUAUCGCAGACACAAUCAAUGAAGACGUGACGGCAACGAAAUCAGCUCUCGAUAUGAGAAACCAGAGAACAUAUGCAGUCAAGUCCGGGGUUCAUGGUCUGUUGGACGUUGCUCGUCAGACGUAUAAGGAGGCAACAGACGAUGUCUAUCAACAUGUCGAAGACAUAAACCGAGAUCAUGAUGUCACUGCCGAGGUUCGGUAUGAUCCCAACCGCAAAUUCUGGCUACGUCUUAGGCAGAGUGACUUCGAGGACAAGGAUAUCCCAGAGAUUCUAAUCAACAAAGUUCUCAAGGGUACCUGGAUUGAAUGCCAAACUUUAGUCUUAGUCCAACUCAACCAUCGCAUCACGGAUUCUUCCAAUGAGGCUAUCAUGCUCAGCGACAAAGUAGUCCAGGAACUCCUUGAUGCGAUUCGAACUCACGUACCAAAUCUCUUCCGCGUAUGCGAAAGCAUUGCGCUUUUAGAUAUGAUUGCAGCUUUUGGUCAGUCUGCUAUGACAAGGGACUAUGUGAGGCCCGAGAUUGGGAGUGCUCUGGCUCUCAAAGGGGCAAGGCAUCCUAUUUGCGAACGUAUUAACCCGGAACGAUUUGUUCCCAAUGACGUCUUCGCUAACGAGCAACAUCGAUUCCAAAUCAUCACCGGCUGUAACAUGAGCGGCAAAAGCACUUACAUUCGAAUGAUCCCACUCCUUCAAGUAAUGGCGCAGAUCGGCUGUUUUGUACCAGCACAGUACGCGGUUUUUCCAGUGAUACAACAGCUUUUCGUGAGGAUGUCUACAGAUGACAGCAUUGAAGCCAACAUGUCCACCUUCUCACUUGAAAUGAGAGAAAUGGCAUUCAUACUGAGGAAUAUCAACGGAAAAAGCUUAGCCAUCAUUGAUGAACUCGGCCGUGGUACCAGUACGAGAGAUGGCCUAGCCAUUGCACUGGCCAUUUCUGAAGCUUUAAUUCAAAGUGAUUCUUUGGUAUGGUUUGCAACCCACUUUCAACAGCUUGCGAAGGUGUUGGGGAGUAGACCAGGGGUUCUAAAUCUGCACCUUGCCACAGAGACCCAAGACAUGGAUGAGGGCAAUCCAAAGAUGACUAUGCUGUACAAGAUUACUUCAGGACCUGUAGAGGAAGAACAUUACGGUCUCAGUCUCGCACGUGCAAUUGGGUUCCCGGAACGAUUCGUCGAAGUCGCAGAUAACGUGUCAAAAACGCUUACUGAGACAAUCGAAAGGAAGAAACAAGAUUCCCAGUCCAGAAAACUACUUCGGCGCCGAAAACUGAUUCUCAACUUGCACGAUACACUUCUCCAAUUACGAGAAUCCGACAUGGAUGAUGCCGCCUUGGGCAGCUAUCUUAAAAGACUCCAAGACGAGUUUGUGUCAAGAAUGGAUGAAAUUGAACGCGACAGACCAACCGACGAAGAAUCAUUGUGA